AUGGUCACUAUCUUUUUGCUGUUGGCAAUACUUUCUUACACUGUUUCCUUUACUUUUAUGAUACAGGCCAAAAACAGAGAGACGGGUGCCUUAGCUGCUGCCAAAGUCAUUGAGACCAAGAGUGAAGAUGAGCUGGAGGACUACACGGUGGAGAUUGAGAUCCUUGCAACUUGUGACCACCCUUACAUUGUAAAGCUGCUAGGAGCCUUUUAUCAUGACAGCAAACUAUGGGUAAGAUUAAUACACUGCUCUCUUCUCUUUCAGGUCAAAAUAGCCUCCGAAUGAUGCUAGGAACUUGUGAGCAGUUCUUGGGCUUAACAUGAUGUCAGGGAUGAGCAGGGGGAUUGGGAGAGGCAGGUGACAGGGAGGAUGAUCCAGGGGGAGGGGCCAGUGAUUUGUGGGGCUCUGUGCUGCCCGUGAGGGGCUGCCAGGGAUGGAGGUAGAGGGGAGUCAAGGGAAAGUGACUGGACAGUCAGAGACAGGGAGGCAAUGGGAAAAGAGCUGGCAGGUGGGUCUCAGAAGUUGAAGAGCCUUAGGAAUCCCCUCCAUGCUCAAGGAGGGACUUGAAGCAAUGGGACCAGCUGGAUCUACCUGCCAGGAGAAGCCAUCAGGUGCUUGUGUGCCCUGCGUCAAACCAGGGGGUUUAAGAAAGUAGGAAUUGGCAUGGCUACACUGUUGCUCCAAUUGUCUGUGAUGGAGCACAGGUCUGCAGAGGCCACAAAUUCUUAAUCCCUCAAACUAAGGGCCAAAAGCCCAGAUGAAAAGGAAAGGAUUCGCCUGGUGCAUAAAACUAGACAAAGAGGGUAUCAGGUGAGCCUUCCUAGGGAGAACAUUCCCAAAGUAAGGAGCCACCACUAAAAAGGCUCAUUCUCAUGUUACCACCCUCCAGAUGACCUGUGGAGGGGGCAAGUGGAGAAAGGCCUUAGAUGGUGAUUGCAGGGUCCAGGUGAGUUCAUGUGAGGAAAAGCUUUCAAACUUCGGUGGGGAGGAGUUUGUCUUCAGGUAUAUGACCAUUUUCUAGAGCCAGUAUGAAAGGACAGUAUGUUAUGCAUUUCCUCUUGCAAAGACAGCAGAAAUUAUUCAGAGCUUUUCUUUAGAGGGUGUGUGUAUUAAAAGCAUAAUGAUGAUUGUUUAAAAUAUUGGCUCUAAGACCUGGAGAGAACCUUUUCCAAAACAUUCCUGGCUUUACGAUAUGGAAAUCAAAAGAGAUGCAUAAAGAAAAUGGACCUUGUCCAAUCAGAAUAUAUGUAAGUGGAAGAAAUUACCCAAGUUCACCUAAUUAUUAGUGAAAAGAUAGUCGGUGGGUAUGGGCAGGAGGUUGCACAUUGGGGCUUUUUGGAAGGAAGUAUUUAAGCAACGCGAUUGGAGAGGGCUACAGGAACAAGGAGGGGAAUGACUCACAUGGUAGCCUCUCUCCCCAGCUGCCUAGAACGUUGAUUCUAAUCACAUUUUCUUGGAAGGAGACACACUUGCUUAAAGAUAUGCAAUCGCUGUAUUCAGCCUUUUCUAGAAAGCCGUAAAAGAUCUAGGUCUUUUUUUGUGUGUGUGAUUGGCAUGCUGAACUGGUAAGUUGCAUAAAAAAUGGCUCAAAGGGGAUGUUGUGGGUGGAACAGGUAGCAUCUUGCCCGCUCCUGCUUUAUUCAUUGUGGUGGACUAUCACUCCUGAUACAGGAACAGCUAUGAACAAUGGCUUCCACGUUUCAAAUAAGACGUUAGCAGUUGGGGGGCUUUGCUCAGUUUUGCAAUAGAAAAUGCAUCUGACUCCCACUUGCAAGCUGUUGCAGUUUUUGGCUCCUAUAUUUAUUCUUCAGACCUUUUUCUCUUGCAUGAUGGCUUUUUCAUGCACAACCCUAAAAUGCUUUUCAGUCUCUCUUCCAUUUGUCUGUGCGUGUGGGUGCUGUUUAUAAUGAGGUUCAAAUCAGGAAAGAACCAUUUUAGUGCAUAUUCUAGACCACACAGAUUUUAUGGUCAUGUUUACAGGCCGAAGAGAGUUUCCUUCACUCUUUCCUGCAGAUUUGUAACGGUGAGAGUAAAAUGUGUACCGUAUUUAUCAAGUGAAGUGUGCUUUCUUUUCAAGAGCAUUAGAAAAAAGCUAAUAUCCAGUUUUCUUUAAAAUAUGUACAUGAUUUAGUUUGAUUCUCUUAACCAAAUCAUGCCCAGGUUUCUGUCACUCACAACGGUAGAUUCAAUUCCCUUCUGGUGUCUGAAUUCCUGUCGUCUUGUUCCCCCUCCACACACUGAGCUGGUUUGCAAGACACGGUAAUACAAAAUACGCCUUCGCAAAGCCGCCUGAACGUUCCAGUUUACAGGUAACAGCUCAUAUCCACUUUCACUCCUCUCUGUUCCUUUUGACUGCUGUGCUGAGCUGAGCCAAGAACAAACCAUGGUUACAGCUUGUGGUAAGUUAAAAGAAUGCUUCACUGAGAGUUGGGCUGACAUGGUAAGCCAAACCUAAGCCAAAGCUUAGCUCAGAAUGGUGCAGCAGUAAAAAUUACGAGAGAGGAGCAAAGUGGCUAUGAGCAUGAUCUUGCGAAGCCAAGGAUUGGCUUAUAUAUCAUGCCGAUGGGGCUCAUUUGAUCAACAUGUGGAAGGUUGCAGGAUUGCGGCAGGUGACUCCGCUGCCCACCUGUGUGUGGAUAAGAGCCCCACUCCCAAUCUGUGUGUGUUCAGUGGAACAUAAUGGCAAGUCCUACUCAGGUGUGUAGUUGGGAAUCGUGGUCAUGGCAUAGCUCCUCAUUGAACGGAUUGGCUUCAUGCAAGGUCAGCACACACAGGUUGGCAGCAGAGCCAGCAGCUGUGACACACUCCCCUCCCUGUCCUAAUGUGUGAAGCAGAACCAUGCCAUUAUCUCCUGCAGAAGUUUAUUUGCCUGGAGCUAAGCUCUCCUCUAUAAAGACAUGUCUGCAUAAGGCUAUUUUCAGUUAUCUUGUCCUUGCAAGCAGUGCUGCACCUCUGCUGUGACAAACACACACGCUGGCAAAUUGUCUCUUAUCCUCCAAAUGGCAGAUUUGGGGUGAUGUGUUUGUGGCUUGUAGCACCAUUGUGGUUAGCAGGAGCUCCCAGGGUAGAACAACACCCUGUGCAGUGCUUUCUGAUUCAACUCCCCCAACACUUCAGGUUGUGGCCUGCAGAAAUAAUGUUGGAAAGCCAAGGAACUCCAGUGUGGGCAUGUCCUGAGGAAGAAGGCAUUUAGCAGUUCUUUGGAAGCUGUCACGUCUUCAAUAAAAACAUGUUUUUAAGGUCAAAAUGAAGCAUCAGGCCUGCAGUUCAAGCAUCAGCAUGUAGAUGCUCAUGAAUCAGCAAAGCUCCUAUCUUGUUGUUUUAUUAAUACAGAACAGUGCUUUAAAGGAAGUUGAUUAAAUUAGAGAGUUGGGUUUUGGUACAGGCUUGCUUGUAUCCUUUUGAAAAUUAUGACUUAGCUCUCUUUGUUGAUUAAAAUGCAAGCAUAUCUGGAUUUUAACCAGGCAUCCGUUUUGAAGAGAGAUCGCUCAGACAAGGCCAUCCCUUAUCAGAUGUAGGUUUUACUGGCAAAGUAUGCAUUUUUCUUUUAUUCAUUUGCAAAUUGUAUUGCUUUGUAUUAUUACGCAUUUAUAUAAACAGCACACCAUCUCACCCAGCCUAGCCUAUAACUUUUCCCAAAAGCUAACAAGAAAUUAUACAGGAAGAAAUAGUUAAAUGUGAACACGGAGGGCGGUAGAGAGAAUUGGUGCAGUGCCAAAGUAUGGAACUGGGCUGUCCAGUCACUAGCACCAUUUGUGAGAUGGCUGAGGACAUCCACUGCAUUCUGAAUGACACUGCCGCUGCUGCUGCUGCCGCUGCUGCCUCUCAGGGGCUGCCAACCACAUUGUCACUACUGUGGUGUGUUUGCCAUGCCUGGUCCUUAAGGGGCUUGGAGCAGCCAACAGCACCAUCCAGAUUGCAGCUGUUGGGACUGGCUAGGCAGGUGUAAGGAAGAUGAAUGGGAAUGACAUAGUUUCUCUUCCUCCAAUCCCAGGGGACCAAGCUGCUGCUGCUGCUGCUGCUGCUGCUGCUGCUGCUGCUUUUGGUUUAUGCAUGGAGCAGGAAGCAGGAGACAGCCACAAGAAACCCAUGGCCACUUUGUAAGUGGUGCAGCUUCUUACCUAGGGAAGAACAAUAUAUAGAUGACCAGAACAUGCAUUUUCCUCCUCUGUAUGUGGGCUAAUUGAAGGAGUCAUGUGUUGCUACAACACUUCCUUCUGGUCAGAGGGGCAAUAAUACUAUGUCCCCAGUACUAAAUUUCCCACAUAUUUCUCCUUGUAGGCUAUUUUGUUCAGGAAAAAAUAAAGCAUUAUGCCUGAGCUCCCUAGUGAAUAGCACCCUUGUAUUGUAAGAGAAUAAUGGCAAAAUGGAAGCAAUCUGUUUUACAGAGAGCUGGUUAUUUAAAUUCCACCUACUGAAUACUUGUGUGCCAGACAAGCUGUUGACAUUUGAAUUUUCUCCCCCCCCCCCCCCGCUCCAAAUGAGGUUUGUUUUGUGGUAUUCUGUGAAAUCACCAGAAAUCUGCUAUGGCUUUGGGAGAUCAUGUGAGUGCCUAGAAAGUCUGAGGGAAGCUUUUAGUCUGGAGAGAGAGAGAGAAAGAGAGAGCACUCCUGUUCAGAGAGAUUGUAGUGCUGUGAAGCUGAUCUGUAGUCAUAAAGAGCAGGUCUCCUAAAUGCUUAUAUCAGCAAACAAGUUUGACCUGGGACCUUUUAUAAGGAUCAGGGAGUGCUAUCUAUUGUGCUAUCUACUGGUGCAUGCGACAUGCUGGCUUCUUGGUGCAUGAAUAUUCCAUUUGCCUAGUAUGAGUACGGUUUCCUCCUUUUGGCCAGAGCAGAAUCCUUGCACCACCACUUGUUCAAGAGGUGCCGCUGUUUGGCCAAGUUCUUUGACCACGCCCUUCCUGUGUUGGCCAUUUUAUGACCUAUUAACCCUGAACUCCCUCUGUUGCUUGUGAUUAGGUAAGGUUUAUAUUGCAGAAGCUAGUCAACGGGAUUCUUUACAACAGGAUAUAAGACCUUAUUCACAGUUAAGAUUUCUAGGGACUUGCACUGAUCAAUUUGUAUUUGCAAUAUUUUAAAAAUUACAGAGCUCAGAGAAGGAGUUGCCUCUGUAACAACUGACUCUCCCAUCUUUGCUUUAUCACUCAUCUAGUAAGGUCCACUUUAGGGCCAGUCCUCUCAGAACUGAUUUUUGCUGUUCAAAUACUAUACAGGCAAUUCUGCUUAUUUACACUUGCCACAAAAAGGGGUAGGAUAACAAAUAAGUCAGUUUUACAGACGGUUCUUGCACUAGGGCAUUUAAUUCAUUCUUACACAGAGAUGAAUUGCAUAUAGGGUAGUACUUUCAGAAGGCUGGAAUAGUUUUCACAGAGAAUUUAGCUGUAAAUUCUGAGAGUUUCAGAGAAGUAGAACACACCCAAUAAUGUGUGUGUGUGUGUGUGUGUGUGUGUGUGUGUGUGUGUGUAUCUGUGUAUCUGUCGCACACCCUACUGUUCAGUGUUUUUCCCCCUGCAGGAUUAAUAGUUGAGUGAAUUGCCAGUUUGUAAGAGGAGGGACCAAAGGUCAUGAAUUCUUCACAUAGGAAGGGUGGUGCCAAGCUUGCAACACUAAUCUUUGCUUUCUCAGCAGUUAAAUUGCCAUGCCAAAGAGUUUAAAUCCCCUUUGGUGAAAGGAGUGGAGAUUGUGUUAAAAGGUUUGAAUGGGUGGAAUUUAUCUCCCCUGUUAGAAGUUGCAAGGCUGUCUCAAAAAGAUGCUAAUUCAAGCAUCCAUUUAAAAGGCAUUAUUUGGAUUGCUGGGCCAUGAGAGUCUUUCCUUUAAGGUCAUGUAUUUUAACUUCUAAUAUAAUAAUGACCAGUUUAAAAGCCCCACCCCACAAUAAAGGAAAACAUAUUCAGAAUUCCAUGGUGGGAUGGAUUACGAUGUACAGGUAUUUAGGGGUGACCUUCCACUAACUGCUACCAUGACUGAACCAGAAAUCAACCAUGAUGACUAAACAUUAGGAAGAAUUUUCUGACAGUAAGAGCCAUUCAACAGUGGAAGUGGUGGCCUCUCCUAUCUAUCAGCGAUUCUUUAGCUGUGAUUCCUGCAUUGCAGGGAGUUACACUGUUGGGUUCUCUUCCAACUCUAUGGUUCUAGGCUGGAGUUAGAAUAGAGAGCGUGACAAUUGUUCCAAGUGUGGCUGGUUAGAGCCUGUUGGCUCUCCUUUCCUUAUUGCAGCCAGGGCGUAGCCAGGAGGGGCCAGGGGCAGCUGCCUCCCCCCCCCCCCAAAAAAUCUAGAAAAUAAAAUUAAAAUAACUAACUGACCAAUUGCAUCACAGAUAACUCAGUUCUGCUCCCCCUAACGUAAAGCCUGUCCCCCAAUAAAUCCUGACUACGCCCAUGUCUGCACUCCAGCACAAAAUGCAGCUGGGUGCCAUUUUGGAAGAAGCACAGAAACCAUCCCCAGUUAAAUUUGAUCAUGUAGGUUUUGCUGAUAGGCACAACCUUAAAAAAAAGUACUGCUUAAUGAUGUGUUCUGCAGAGUGGAAUGUACAGAACAUCCUGUUUAGUGCUAGAAGGCAAACUUUGACAUUAGAACUAUUAGAACCUCAUACAUCUGGAACUAUUAGAGCUUGUACUGCAACUUAAACUGGAUUUCUGAGCUGUAGGGAGACUGUGUACAAACAGUCCCCGCCCAUAUUUAUCCUUAUCUUAAUUGCAAAUUGCUUUUUUAAAAAAACCUAUCUAAGGUUCUCUGGCUUCCUCCCCUGCAUCCUGUAUUCACUGACUUUUCUAACCUUUAUGCCUUACUAAAUUGACUGGCACACUCCUUUCUCCUCAUCCCGUCCCAAACCCAAAUAAGGCUAUGUAAAUAUCGUAACAUGGCUAAUAUUGAUCCAAGCUAAGCUGGGGUUAGUCCUCUCCAAUCGUCUACAAACUGGUCUCAAACUGGCUCCACAUCAAAUUCUAUAUCCACUCAAUAGUGAAGGAAGGCAGCUGAAUUUAAAUGAAUUUAAAGCUGAGGUAGCAAAUUACAGCAUAGAGAAUAACAAUGGUUGUGCCUGGCAAAUAGAAAUCUGUAACUGAAAUAUGAAAACUACAGUCACAAAUAUACCUUCAUGCAUGCAGCACAAGACUAAAAAAGAGAGAAUGCAGCCACCAUAAUCAGAUUAGCAAGAUUCAAAGUUAUUUGAGUUGACUCAUUCCAAACUGAUGUGACUGCUUUGACUCUACAGUUUCUCAUCUCAGCAAUUCUAGGGCUGCAGAAAGAAACGGCAAGGAAGUGAAAUGUCUCAGUGGGGGAAACUAGGGUUAGUAGGAUGAUUACUGCAGAGCAAGCCUGUUAAGUUGCGGGUGAACAUAUCAGACGACACAGAGAUUCUUCAAACAGCUCUUGUUUAUUCACAGGCCAGAACAGAACUGAACUGAACUGAAGGGUUCAGCCAGCCUGCUUAUAUAGAGCUCCACUAGAACGCAACAGUAACCAUUUUCUGUAACUAUCCAAUCACUGAACAUCACUUUUGAUCCCUUAUUUGCAUAUGUGGACCUGAAUUAUCUACAGUAUCCCCCUGCUGGCCCAGGGUGAGAACUUCAGUACAUAACAAAGCCCACUGGCUUGUUUGAAAUAUUUCAGCGGCAUUAAUAUAUUACAUAUCUGAGGGCAAGAUUUUCAGUGUACAUUGGUCUUAGUUGCAUAGGUAGGGAAGAGAGAGAGAGAGAUUUUUUGAAAGCCCCAAGUUGGAAAUAGAUUUAAGUUGGCAUACACUUAAACCUGGACUCCACAAUAAUAUCCAGUUUCCUUGACCCUCCCUGAGGUGAAAGAAACGUGCUUCUCUCAAUGAAGAUCCCUCUUGGAUUACAAGGGGAGCAGAGCUGGCACUCAAGCUCCUUGUCUGUCCCAAAGAUUGGCGCAGCCUGUCUAGUACUUGGGUAGGCAAACUAAGGCCCAGGGGCCGGAUCCGACCCAAUCGCCUUCUAAAUCUGGCCCGUGGAUGGUCCGGGAAUCAGCGUGUUUUUACCUGAGUAGAAUGUGUGCUUUUAUUUAAAAUGCACCUCUGGGUUAUUUGUGGGGCAUAGGAAUUCAUUCAUUUUUUUUUUAAUUUUUUCAAAAUAUAGUCCGGCCCCCCACAAGGUCUGAGGGACAGUGGACCAGCCCCCUGCUGAAAAAGUUUACUGACCCCUGCCAUGAACCAAGUGCCUUAGGCUUAUUGGUUGUUUUCACCAACCCUGAGGGUGGCACAAGACAUAACCUGUCAAAUUUUGUAAUAUAGCUCAAGUCUGUCUUCUCCUAACUAGUUAGGACAACAGCUGAGUGUUACAGCACUUACUCUGCAUGCAGAAGUUCCUGUGCUCAGUGGGGCUGGCAUUACACCCUGCCUGAAACCUGGAGGGCUGCUGUCAACCAGGGUCAACAGUGCUGGACUAGAUGGGCCUACUGGUCUGACUAAGGCAACUUCCUACGAUCACAGGGCCUGCUGCCACAGUGCAAGGAGCACACUGCUCAACUGGUAGCAGCCAGCAAAAUGAGUCUGAGCGUCGCUCAUUCCACAAAGGCCUCUCCUGGAGCAGGACCUGAGCCUGAAGCGGAAGUGGACAAGGCUUAGCUAUGCCUUUUGGCUUUCUCCUCUUGGAGGAAUGUUGGAAUGCCUGUCAUGCAGUUGCUAAAGGCACCGGGGCCUCUGUCACCAAAGGAAGCGGCACACCUAGUUGGCAAACAUUUGACUUGCUUUCGAUUUGUAUUAUUUGGGAGACAAAGGGCGGGAUUUGCAGACAAAAGUGGCAGACAGCAUUCAAGAAGUUUUGAAAUCUAGGAGAGCAAUUACUAAUAAGAUUGAGCUAUGGGCAGUUUGAUUCUUUUUAAGAGGGUGGAGAUUACAUGGGAGAAGGGGGGGGGGUGACCAGAGAACAGCCAGGUAAUAGCAUUGCUUGCUUUUUAAACAAGGAAGCAGAAAUGCAAAGAAUGUGCUUUUGGCAUUACUCUUUUCUUCUUUGUCUCUCUCAAGAGCCAAAGGUGUCCCGUUGAAGUCAUGCUGUCUUCCCAAGCACUCAUUCAUCCCUUGUUCUGAGCAAAUGGUUUGCACCCACCCCAUAUGAACAAACUGUUCACCCAAGAAUGCUCCUGGAUUUCUGUAUCUGUUGAAGUGAACUCUAACCCAUUCAGCUUCAUGCAAUAAUAAAUCUGUUAGACUUUGAGAUGCUCCUAGACUCUGCCAUAAGCUAUCAAAGAGUCAGUGGCGACUCCAGAAUUUUCUGUGCACUUAGCUUUCAAAGCAUUCCUUCCCCCCCCUUCUUUUUUACAGAUGUAAACUUAUGAUCUAUGUCAGAAAUGACAUUAAAUAAUGCUAGUAGGACUUUCCCCAUUAAGUUUUCAAGUACCCACCUGUAAUAAACACCUUCCGCCAUGCUAAAUAACUGUUUUUAUUGGGGGGGGGGGUGUUUCCAAGUACACGGGCAGCAAACAGGAAAAUUACUUUUCAUGGGUUUAGAUACUGAGUGGUUGCAGUCUCAGUGUACAGUCAGCCCUUCAGCACUAACAAGGUGAGAUAGAUCCUGAUGGUGUUGUGACAAGAACCUGGCUCAAGCUGCAUUAUAGAUUGUUCCAGAACAUGCUGUAUAGAUAGAUUAACAGCAAUGAUCAGUGCAUGGGAAUUUAUUGGUGCAUGAGUCAGGAAAUACUUGACACAGUUGAAAUGUUUAUUGCAACAAAGCAAAGCUCUAUGACACAUGACAGUGAACAAAGGUCACUCCAUUGGGGUUCUCCUGUCGCAGAAAAAUUAGCCACACCUGAGUGAUAAUAGAAUAACAAUGAUGAUAAUAGAAUUUUCAGAGACUGCUCACUGUAAAUAUUUGUUGAUGUGAGUACUGCUGAAAGCUUGCAUAUGCAGAGUAUAUGCACUUCUCAUUCCAGAGUAGGAGAAACCAAUGGGGGAAAAAUCCUCCAAAUCAGGUGAAUAGUCACCUGAUGAAUAAGGGAUGGAUGUGUUUCUGUGUGUAUAUGUGGUUUUAAUUUUAUUUUAGUUCAUUUAUAUUCAAGGCAACAUGCAUGAGGAUCUGAGGUGGUUUCCCAUCCCAGCACGGACCAGAGAGACUGGCUUAGUUUUAGCAAGGUGGCUGCAUCAUUGCCCUCAGCCCAUGCCCUAGCUGACAAUUAGGCCUCACCUACAUGGGUUACCAAUUUGACUAGUUCGGGCCCUGAAACUCGAUUCUUGUGUCACCAAAAUGAUAUCACCACUUCAGUGCUGCCUCAGUUCCCAAACGGUUAGCCCUUCCACCAAAAGACAGUGGUACUUCCAGGCCACUCAGAAGCUGAAAUUUGGCACAUAUGUAGUCUAAGUCAUUCCAAGUACAAGAUACAUCUUGAAACAGGGCAAUGUCAUGAAGGAGGGGGCAUGAAGUGUACUCCUGAAUAUAUUCCUUAUAAUCCAGCACAGAGCAAGCCAGUCUGCACAUAGAACAGAGUGUUGAAGUUUUUGGAGUUGGCUCCUUCCCUGGACUGAGAUUUGGGGUAGGGGGUACUUUUAGCUGCAGCCAGAAAGAUAGUUCACCACUUGCAAAAUAUGAAGGGGUAUGUGCAUGUGAUGUAUAAAUAUCUGAACUACAGUGGACAAAUUUGACUUGCUCCCUUAGUUCAGACUCCAGUGUAGCUAAUCCUUUUACUUCAUAGACAUGUUCAAGACAAAUUAUUAAAAUUCAAGCCUGAUUGGUUGUGAUGUUAAGGGGUGACUUUUAGGGACUUCAAGGGAAUGUUGUGAUGGGCAAAACAUAUUAUUUUUAGCACAAUUACAAAACAACAGGCAAACCCCUGAGAACCAGCUGCAGGCUUCACCUUCGAAUUAAAGCAGAAAAAGGAGCAUUGUGAGUUUUAGGAUGCUUCUGAGCUGUUCCACGUCAGCUCUCAACUAUGACAACUAUUUCAUCCUGUUGGCAAGUUCAAGUAUCUGCAGCAGCCCUCUCUGUUCAAGCUGCAAUCGAAAUCUGUAAACAAAUGCGUAAGUGGAGUCAUGAGCAUUGAAGCUGCUUCAGAUGGGCCUGCAGGUACAGGGGGCAUAGGGGGGCUGGUUUUCAUUUUGUGUGAGAGGGCAAUGAUCUGAAAGGAAGUUUCCUGUGGGCUGAAGUCAAGGCUUUGUUUUCUCCCAUUUACUCUGUGGGAGGUCUUGAGGGACAUGAUCGGAUGGGCGUUCUUCAGGGUUAGGCAGACGUCAGAGUAACAUAAUAGCUAAGGGAAUCAGCUGCAAACCAGGAAGUCUCUUGUUCCCAUCCUCACCUCUGCGGUGAAAACUUUCUUGGUAGCCCUUAGUGUCUCUUCUCAGCCUCAACCUCACUGCAUCUGCAGUGUGAGGAUAAUAAUACUGAACAACCCUUCAGGAUUAUUUCAACAACUACAGUAUUUAAAUAAAGAGGUUUAUGAAUGUGAGGCAGUAGCAAUAUUUCUGUUUGGAAGAGCUGUACGUUAGGCAGCCCUGAUUUUGUGUGAGAGCUCGUAUGUUGUUUAUUAUAAUGUUCUUAAGCAGCAAGCGCCCGAGUUUGACUUAAAACACCUUACAGUAACAUUUUAGAAGUAGGGACUUGUGCCCAACAGCAAGUUGCUCUGCUGUGCCAAAAAUAACAAUAGCAAUAAAAAAAAUAGUUGGCGUGUUACUUAGUUUUGGGGAAGAAGAAGCUGGUUUGUUCCAAGAAGAGGGUUUUGUUGUUGUUGUUCUCUCCGAUAGUAAACGAGCUGUACUCUGAAAUAUAAUUUCCAGCUGCCCAUUUAAAACUUUCUUUUUUUGACAGAUCAUGAUCGAGUUUUGCCCUGGUGGAGCAGUGGAUGCUACUAUGCUGGGUAAGUGACAUGAAGCAUCUUAACAAUGAAGCCCCUUUUAAGGUCUUUCAGCACAUUGAAUGUCUGUGUUCUGGUUGUUCCUCCCACUCACAUCCCUGCAGGAAAGCAGAGCAUUAGGUUUCUGUCCAAAACAUGCAUGUGAACAGGCUGAAACUGAUCAUGUGCACGCAUGAGGGAUUAGGGAGGGGGAAGACAUCUGCCAUCGAGGAGGGUAUUAUUUUCCACGGCUUGACUCAGACCCAACACAAGAAGCAAGCAUGUGGCUGCUGUGCUUUCCCAGACUUACUGGGAAUGAUUGCUCCAUGUUAUAGUAUUUGGGGGUGAAUGUGAGGAGAAGGGGUCACAGCAGCUACUGCUUUUAAAAGAGCAAGCCCACACAAAGACUGUCUUAUAGCAAUGAGACAUAGCCUAGAUUUGCUCUGGCUGAGUUUUCAAGAACAGUAGCUAUGGCAGGGGGUUGUGUGAGUUUGCCAAUCUUCCUGGAAGGGGGAGAAAGGGAGCUUUCAGUUUCUCAGGAUCUGAGUCUCCUGUUUAACCAGGCAAAGCAUAUCUCAUUUCACAGGUACCCUCCAGGUUUGGGGAUUCGCUUUUAGAGGAAAAUGGGGGAACAGGAGGGGGAACUGAGCUAUAUUUCAAAGGCCUAGAUCAUGUCUGGCAUCUAUGCUCCAGGCAGCAGGUGGUGAAGCUACGUACUCUUACAGGAGGCAAUGUACAGAGGUCACAAGUCUAAACUCCCAGCCUGUGGUUUUCAGGAAAGAAGGGCUGGGACAUUAAAUUCAUGACCAGCCAUUGGGGGGGGGGGGUUGAUUCUCACUGUGGUGAAUGAAUUCCAAGUGUGCAUUUUGUAUUUGUUAUGAAUUUCCCCCUGUCACAGCUAACCACACAGACAGUUGGGAUUGCAGAGGAUUGGCAUCCUGCAAAUUCUCUUAGACAGCUUUUGGUAUCUUUGGGAAACCUAUUCAGUGGUAUUCAACUCUGUCUUACUCAGAGCAGUCUUACAUGGAAAUUAAGGGACAUACCCUGAGUAAAACUUAAUUGAAUUUCACCCUUCGGAAGAAGCAUAGGAGCAGAAAUGCUUGCCCUGAAAAAAUGAUCUCCUUACCACUACAUUGAAUUCUACCCAUAUAUCUGAGGGAAUGCCAGCCCUGUUUUCUUUUUCCGUCAGGGUCCACCUACAUCUGGGAUGGGGAGCCAGUGGCCCUCCAGGUGUUCUUGGGCUCAAACUCCCAUUGCCCCCAUCUAGCAUGUGGUCCAGCAAAAUCUGGGGGGUCACAGGGUCUCCAUGCCUGGCCUAAAAUCACUAUUUCCCUAAUCAAAGUAGGCGAAAGAGAAACCACCCACUGAAACAAAUACGGCUCUCCCAAUGUCCAAAGCAAAGGCGUAUUGCUCAUGAACAGAAACAAUUGUCUUGAAACGCCUCAUCUGCAUUCACUGUGUUCUAGUAGAGCAAGAUUAAAUAUCGUAUGUUUGUCGUAUUUUACUCUCAGCCUAGUGGUUAUGCGUUAGGGCUAUGAGCUUUGAUAUGUUGCAUAUACAAAUUAAUCAGUGAAAUGUUUAACUUCAGAAUAAGCUCUGCAGUGGUUUCCCCUUUUCAGUUCAUAACCAAAGCUGGCAGAUAUUUUGCACCUCAGAAUAAUCCACUGCUGUUUCCCUUUUCUUUUUUAAAUCUGAGGGAAUGUCGCCUUUGGCAGAAAAAAAGUUGCUCACCCCUGAUGUCUAUACAGUUGUUAAUUCAAACCCAGGGCAAAAGUCAACCCUGUUCCUUGAAGCUAAAUUUAGGAGCCUUUUCCGAUUGCCUCUGUUUUAUAGAACUGGAUCGAGGCUUGACCGAACCCCAGAUCCAAGUGAUCUGCCGCCAGAUGCUAGAAGCCCUAGACUACCUCCACAGCAAGAAGAUAAUCCAUCGGGACCUGAAGGCAGGCAACGUGCUGCUGACCCUGGAUGGAGACAUCAAGCUUGGUGAGGCAAACUAGUUAGCCCUUGUGUAAGAUGGGUGCAAAGCUGCUUCCUGCACACAGUGAGAUGAGUGGCUGAGAACAGUGGCUGAGGCGUUGUUGUUGUUGUUAUUUAUUAUUUCAAAAACAGCAACUGUAAGAGCUGUUGUGUGACCACAUGAGAAAAUUAUGCAUGCUUGGCUGCUGUAGAAUAAUCAUUUGUUAGGUUUGUUUUCUUUCCACCCUUUUCCUCUGAGCAGCUGGGAGCCACGUUGUAGCCUUGCAGCAUCCCUGAGGGGUCAUUUGAGCAGAGAGACAGAGACCUACUGAAAGCUACCCAGUAAGCUUCCUGGCCAAGCAGGGAUUUUCAACCCUCUCUCAAGAAGAUCUCAAACAGUGUAUUUACUUAGAAGUCAGUCUCAGUACAUUCACUGAGACUUACUCCCAGGUAACUGUGCAUAGAAUUAGACACGACAAAAAGCAGAAACAAUGUUAACUGGUCUCAAACAAAUUUUUGCAGUGUAGAGUGCUGCGAAUUCUAUACUGCAGUCAGUUAACAAUGUGGUCUUUCAAAAUACUCAAUUACAUUCAGUUAUGAUUUGAUAUCUGUUCAUAUUCCUCUUUGGACUGUCUUGAGGGAUGCCCCUUAGAGAGGGUUUUCCUAUUAUGUUUGUACUUUUGCAAACCUUUGAGUUUCCAGAAACGUAUUUGUAACCUAGAAUCAGUUAGUGUUGACAUCAGCUAAAUCUGUGAAUGGAGAGGUGCUGAGGGUCCCCCCCCCCAGCUUAAUUAGAAUAUUUUUUUCUCUUCACCCUAGAAUUCGUAGGGUUCUAAAAACUGUGAUGAAGUUACUUUGCACGGUACACUUUUCUUUUUUUAAAAAAAAUAAUAUUUAUUAAUAGUUUCAGAAUUACAGGAAAAAAAGAAAAAAUAGGAAACAACACUACAAUACAUAAAAAAGAAGAAAAAAAGCAAAACAUAAAAACCAAUACAACAAUACAGCAAAAAGAUAAAAAAAGGGGGGGAGACACAAAUCCCACAUUACAUAUCUUUAACUUCCAUUUGCUUGUUUCAUUGACCUCCUCACACCUCCCUUUUUGUAUUCUAGUUUAAUUAGUUAUUUCAGCAAAUUCUUUCCAUCUUUCUCAAUUUUUAUUAAAUAAUUUAUCUUAACAAUUUAACCUAUUAAUUAACUCAACAAAUCCUUUCCAUCUUUUCCCCAUAUUCUGUUAUUCAAAUUACCUUAAUUUAUUUAACCUUAUCUUACCGUAAAAUACCUUAGAGCUUGAAACUUAAUACUCAAUUAUACAUAACUCCUGAUAUCAUUUCUACUAGAGCCAUAUAGUUUCAUCCCAACAUUUUCCCUAAUAUUCAUUAAUUUUAGGCUAAUUCCCUAAAUAAAAAUUUUUCUUUAUAAAUUUUCUUCCAAUCUUCAUCCAACGUCUCUUCUUCCUGGUCUCGGGUCAUGUCAGUCCUUACUGUCCAUUCCAUCUAAUCCAUCAACCUGGUAAUCUUAUGUCCGAGGCCCUUAAGUCUCUUCCAUGUCCCUUCUGCAGAUCUUCUUCUUCUUGUUUAUACCUGCACUUUUCCUUCUCUUUUGUUGGUCUCUUUCUUAAUUUCUUUCCUUUCUCAUUGAGGAGUAGGUCUCUGGGAGGUUCCAACCCAAGAUUAUCUCCGUCUCCCUUCAUCAAACCAGCCCGUUCCCCACAGUCCCACUCCCCACAGUCAUCAAUGUAAUCCAAAAAAUAUAUAAGAGCAUAUUUCAAAGUCUCUCCAAAGUUGAGAACCUCCUCAGCUCCAGGCUCCCCCUGGCCCACUCCAACUUCAAUCUUUUUUUUUUUUAUAAGAUAUUUAUUAAGAUUUUUUAAAAUAUUACAAUAAAAAUGACAAAAAAAUGACAAAAAUACAAAAUAAAAAUAGUUAAAAACACACAGAUUUUCCAUUACUUCUUUUCCUGUGACUUAUUUCCCGGACCGCCUCAUACCUCCCUUUGUUGUAUUCCACUUCUAUCUGUUGGGUCAGCAAAUCCUUUAAAAGUAAUAAUAUUAAAUUUUUACCUAUUUAUAACCCUUUUUCAUAUUCCCUUAAAGCAUUACAGCUGGAAACCACUUAAUUACUAUCCAACAUCAUUCUAACAUUCAUUAAUUUUACAAUAUUUCUGUAGAUAAUCUUUGAAUUUCUUCCAAUCUUCUUCCACCGACUCUUCUCCCUGGUCUCGGAUUCUGCCAGUCAUUUCUGCCAGUUCCAUAGUCCAUCACCUUCAUCUGCCAUUCUUCCAGAGUGGGUAGAUCUUGUGUCUUCCAAUACUUUGCAAUGAGUAUUCUUGCUGCUGUUGUGGCAUACAUAAAAAAAGUUCUGUCCUUCUUUGGCACCAAUUGGCCGACUAUGACUAGGAGAAAGGCCUCUGGUUUCUUCAAGAAGGUAUGUUUAAAUACCUUUUUCAGUUCAUUAUAUAUCAUUUCCCAGAAGGCCUUAAUCCUUGGGCAUGUCCACCAAAGGUGAAAGAAUGUACCUUCAGUUUCUUUACAUUUCCAGCAUUUAUUGUCGGGCAAAUGAUAAAUUUUUGCAAGCUUGACUGGGGUCAUGUACCACCUGUAUAUCAUUUUCAUAAUAUUCUCUCUUAGGACAUUACAUGCCGUAAACUUCAUACCUGUGGUCCAUAACUGUUCCCAGUCAGCCAUCAUUAUGUUAUGUCCAACAUCUUGUGCCCAUUUAAUCAUAGCAGAUUUCACCGUUUCAUCCUGAGUAUUCCAUUUCAACAGCAAGUUAUACAUUCUUGACAAAUUCUUAGUUUUGGGUUCUAACAGUUCUGUUUCCAAUUUUGAUUUUUCCACCUGGAAGCCAAUUUUCUUGUCCAAAUUAUAUGCCUCCAUUAUCUGAUAAUAAUGAAGCCAGUCUUGCGCUUUAUUUUUUAGUUUCUCAAAACUCUGCAGUUUCAGUCUAUCUCCAUCUUGUUCCAAAAUUUCCCAAUAUUUCGGCCAAUUGGCCUCCAUAUUGAGCCUUUUCAGAGCUUUCGCUUCCAUCGGUGACAGCCACCUUGGGGUUUUGUUUUCCAACAAAUCCUUGUAUCUUAUCCAAACAUUAAACAGUGCUUUCCUGACAAUAUGGUUUUUAAAUGCUUUAUGCGCUUUGACCUUGUCAUACCACAGAUAUGCAUGCCAUCCAAAUACAUUGUUAAAACCUUCUAAGUCCAAAAUGUCUGUGUUUUCAAGAAGUAGCCAUUCUUUCAACCAGCAAAAAGCUGCUGAUUCAUAGUAAAGUUUAAAGUCUGGCAGGGCAAAUCCACCGCUUUCCUUUGCAUCAGUUAAUAUCUUAAAUUUUAUUCUGGGCUUCUUGCCCUGCCAGACAAAUCUAGAAAUAUCUCUCUGCCACUUCUUGAAACAGUCCAUCUUGUCCACAAUUUGCAAUGUUUGAAACAAAAACAGCAUUCUAGGCAAUACAUUCAUUUUUAUCACAGCAAUACGACCCAACAGUGAAAGCUUCAAAUUUGACCAGAUUUCUAAAUCUUUUUUUCACUUCUGUCCAACAUUUUUCAUAAUUAUCUUUAAAUAAGUUCCCAUUUUUGGCUGUCAUGUUAAUCCCCAGGUAUUUCACUUUCUUAACCACAGUCAGGCCUGUCUCAUUCUGAAACCUCUCUCUUUCAAUCAGUGUUUAAUUUUUCUCUAAAACCUUAGUUUUUAACUUGUUCAGUUUAAAUCCUGCCAGUUGACCAAAUUCUUGAAUUAGUUCUAAAACCCUUUUAGUACUAGAUUCUGGCUCCUGUAACGUCAAUACUAAGUCAUCUGCAAAUGCUCUCAGUUUGUACUGUUUGGCUCCGACCUGUAUACCUUUAACCAACCGGUCCCUUCUAAUCAUAUUCAGCAGAACCUCCAGGACCGAUAUAAAAGCAGUGGGGAGAUUGGGCACCCCUGUCGUGUCCCUUUUUCUAUCUUAAAUUCUUCCGUCACCACAUUAUUUACAAUUAAUUUAGCCUUUUGUUCAGAGUAUAUUGCACCUAUACCAUUUUCAAAACCUUGGCCUACCCUCAUCCCCUGUAGGUUCUUCUUCAUGAAGCUCCAAGAGAUGUUGUCAAAGGCUUUCUCCGCGUCUACAAAUAUCAGAACUGCUUUAGUGUUUAUAUUCACUUCUAGUUUUUCCAAAAUAUCAAUUAUAUUUCUCAAAUUAUCAGACAAGUGUCUUCCUGGGACCAACUUCAAUCUUCAAAAACAGCGGCUUAUGCUCCUGCAGGGCCUCAGAUCUCUCCAUUUGUAUUAUUUGAGGUGCAACCGCAACCUCCUCCAUUAUCUUCUGCACUUGCCCAAUCAAUACAGGUUCCUGAGUUGAUCCCUGAAUGGUUUCUGUAUCAAUAUUCCCUGGUUGUCCACAGUUAUUGACCACAGCAGUCAUCAAAUCCGUUUUCUCAUUCAUCAAAUCCAUCUUCUCAUGCAUCUGUUCCAACAAAGCACUUGUCUUGCAUAAAGCAAGCACCAAGACUUCCUCCCAGCUCAUAUUUAGUCAAGUUCGAAAGGACUGGUCCCACGAUCUUAAUCUCACAGCUGUAGAGUCCUCAAGUAGACUGCAGCAACAAUUUAGCAAGCUCCCUCUAGAGGAGACAAUUUCUAUUUGUAUCCAUCUUUUUAAGGCAAGUCCAACAAAGGAAAAAUACUUUCAUUUUUCAGAUAUUUUGUUUCUUUAGAAUGCAAAAGGCAACAUUGGAAUCAGUUUAUUUCUCUUCUUUAGCUAUCUGUCAAAGUAUUCCAUUCACAGUCAAUGAACCUCUCCAACAAUUUCUGUCUCUGACACCCUGUUCCCAGGUUAGAGACAGUGGAAACUUAUCUUUCUUCACUCCCUCUCCUGCAGGCAUUAAACAAAGUCCCCCCCUUUUCUCCUGCUUCCAAGGGGGUUUCAGUAGUUAUAAAUGAAGGAAAUUUAGACUUUUUUAACAACUUUCCAGGCUUUAGCUUACAAGGUUUUUGCUUCAGUCUAUAUACAAAAAGCGGAAGGCGGACUUCCUGUUUUGAACCUUCCCGCUUCGGUGCCAAAUUAAGAUAUUUCUUGAUCCAAUUUUCCGUUUCUACUCACGGGUACUUGUUUUAAAUCCAAUUGUCCACAGGAAAAAGUCAACGCUCUCCGGCAAUGGCUGUGCGGCUUCACUCCGUGAAAGUAGCAAUCAGUUCGCAGCACCGCGCCGCUCACCCCACUUCACUCUGUGAAGGGAAGUUUUCCCUUCAACUCUGGAACCCCAAAAUGGGGUUCCCCGUGAGUAGGGGAGGCGCUCCUGGUGCCCUGCCGAACCCCACGUUCCCAGGCUUCCUCCGCCUGGGAUUUCUAGCGGGUCCCCACCUUCGCCGCGGCGGGAAGACCCAGUUUCCACGGAGCCAGUUCCUCCGGUCGGAGGAACUCCGCCAUUCGCCGAUGGCGCUAACCCGGAAGUCCUGCACGGUACACUUUUCAAAGACCCUCCUUUAUAAACGGGAUUGUGCUGAUUAACUCUGGAUGUGGACAUAAAUCCUCUGCAUGCAAAAUCAGUUUGAUGCAGGCAGGCAGAAGGACAUCGAGAAAGCAGUUGCUUGCUAUGGUAAUGUGCUGCAAGAAGCCUGAAGUGAUCUUCCUGGCAUGGGAGCAAAGUUCAGUUUCUGUAUCAGAAGUUGGUCUCUUUUGCUGAUGCUAGCUGUGAUUAUCCCCUUCUGAGACGGUUUUUAUUAGAAUCACAGAUUCGUAGAGUAGGAAAUGACCACAAGGAUCAUCUAGUCCUGCAAUGCAGAAAUAUUUCACCCAACGUGGGGCUGAAACUCAUGCUCUACUGACUGAGCUACACAGGGAUGUUAGCAGAACUUUGGCCUUCCCUUUGGCUCCUGCUCAGACUUGCUGAGCUAAAAUUAUGCCAGUUCCGCCUCUUUGAAUGAUAGUACCCACCGGAAUGGAUGUUCUUCAGAAUGGGGAUUGGUUGUACUGGGUCCAGAAAGACUUAAAGCAAAACAAAAAACCAACAACAAAUCUGGGGUCAUCAUCUGUAGAAUUUAAAGGGGAGACUGAUAAAUGCAACUUUUCUCAUUCUGUAUGGGAUUGUGUAUAAAUGGAUGUCUGCCACAGGAAUUGGCAUGUUUUCUGUGCAAGCUGGAGAGGGUGUAGUUUGUUAGCAAGGACAGGGUGACGUUUCCUACACUUCAUCACCUUUUCAGUGGAAAUUUUCUAGAAAGAGGAGGAAGAAUAACCCUUAACACAAAAUAGAACUGCAGACAACAGCAGGAAGCAAGAGAAAACAAUUGAUGGUUUGUUAGGAUUUUGCUGAGGUAUCCAACUACUUAACUGUUAAAAUAAAGCAAAAUGCUCCCCUAACCUGAUGGGAAAUGAAAGGGCUUCCUUUAGCGUCCCCUGUUAUUGUGGCAGAAUAAAAUAAAUAAAUACAAUUACCUUGGCUUUGGUGGGGUGCAGUUAGCAAAAAUCUGGUACAGUAUUUAAGCUUCUGACCCUCAUUGGGACAGUCUCUUUUGUCGAUGUGAGAUGGAUUUUGCUCCAUGUGAUUAUUGUGCAUGCGUCGUGGUUACCUAGAACUCCUCUGUUUGUUAAAAUCACGUUCCACUUUGCAUCUGCUGAUGAAAAAUGUGUCCAGCUACAAGUAGUCCUAGAGCUUGUCCACACUUCUGCUUAUCCCGUGCCUAGAAAGCACAGGUCUGAGUGGUUUCCCCUUUGCCCCACUCCUCUCCCGGGGAGACAAGAGGGAGUGUGGAUAAGCCCUUGCACUGUGUCAGAACCUUAGCCUAGGGUCUGGGCAUUGUCCUGGCCACUUCGAUAAUCGUUGAUUGUUUUCAGAGAGUCUCUUGGUGACAGACGGUAGCUCUUUGCUUGAGCUGCUUAAGGCAUACAAGCACCUUGCAGCCGGUAUCAGAGGAUUUAACAUGAUCAAACUCUUUUCAGCGGAUUUUGGAGUAUCUGCCAAAAACAUGAAGACUUUGCAAAGACGGGAUUCCUUCAUUGGGACACCAUACUGGUGAGUAAAUGAAUUCAGAUUUACAAUAUGCUUGAAAAGGCUACCACCAAAUAAGGGCAUGUAUAUUCUAGCUCAAGAAUGAAGGUGCUACCUGCCUCUUGGCUGAAUUGUAAACUAUCCACACAAGUGGAAGUGUGUGUCAGAGAAUGUGUGGCCAUGUGUAUGUGCCGUGUGCUUGGUGUUUUACUCCUGGGGUCCCCCAAAUGGCACCCCAGCACCAUCAGACACCUGCCAAGGUCCCCAGCCCCUCUUAGCCUUUUUUAAAAAUGGAAAUGUUUUUUGCCAUGGUGGGCUGUUGCCUGUUUUUUGCCUGCAUUUCAUUUGUUUUGUGUUUUUGGAGGGGGAGCAUUGUAGGUGUUCUGCCUCUAUUUGAUGGUGUCUGAGUAUAACGUGUUUUUCUUCUGCAAAACAGAUAUUUUGUGGUGCUCGUAAUGGUUUCUUAGGUUUCCAAAGGUGCCCCAGAGCUCAAGAAGGUUGAGGAUCUCUGUUUUACUCUCAGUGCUGUGCAAUUACAUCUUUGUGUGUAUUUUAAUGAAUUGAAUCAUAAGAGAUUCAUAAGAGUGCACAUGUCUGCUAGCCCUGGAGGUUGGUGGGAGACAGGCUGUGCCAGUGGUUGCCACAUUUGGGCUCAGAAGGCAGGAACCGGCCAGUUGACUGGCUAGGGGCACAUGCCCUGCUUUGCCCGCCAAGAUUCCCUCCUGUAGAGUUGAGCCCUGCCUGCCUCCUCCCUGGACCCUUCUCACUACAAAGUGCUUCAAGCAUAGGGGGACACAAAGAGUACAUCAACAAACUUGCACAGGAGGGAAACUAUAUUGAGAGUCCUGCAUUUCAGGGGGUUGGACUAGAUGAUUCUUGGGGUCCCUUCCAACUCUCCAAUUCUAUGAGUCUAUGCAAAUAUGCAAGAGGCUUCAAACCAAGAUGAAAGGCAGCUUUUAAUUAUUGUUUUAUGUGACAUCAGUGGAAAUGCUACAAGUCUCGUAACUGGAAUGAGAUGUUGAUGAAUCUAGGCCAUUCUCUCUCCCUGCUCCUCUCUUUUACUCCCUACCAUUUGGUGGAAUGUCCUUUCUGAAGCAGUUCCAAGUGUAUGAGAGCAGUGAUUCACUCUAGGAAUUUAAUCUCUAAAUCAGCCACGUUGCUAAGGGGAUGCAAUCAGUGAGCAUUAAUUUGCCAUCUAAAGCAACAUCCAGGCCAGAUGUCAUUGGCCUGCUGGUUUUCUGUCACUGCAGCCUGUUGAGAAUGGAGAGAUGAAUGGUGGUUGCCGGAGGGGGGCGGGUGAACUGGAUACUGUCUUUAGCCGAUAGAUUUAACCAUUUCCACGUCCCAUUUAUCGCAAUGGGAGAAUUACGUGUGUGCUCAACUCUCCAGUAGAAAUCAGUGUGACCUAUAAGUGCUUAACUCUGGAUAGAUCAUGCCAAGGGCAGCAGAAGAGGCUUCUCCCCAAUUUAUUCAAGAACUAGCUGCAGAGUCAUAUUUCUGAUGCUUACAACUGACUCUAGGCUAAUAACUGAUUAAAUAGAUAGAUUAACUGGGAUGGGGAGGUGCUCUUCAAAACUACUGAUCAAUAGUAAUAUGUUGGUAGCAGAGCACCCUAUUCUUUGUUACUUUCUUUUUAGGAUGGCUCCUGAAGUGGUGAUGUGCGAGACCAUGAAAGACACCCCCUACGACUACAAGGCUGACAUCUGGUCCUUGGGCAUAACUCUGAUAGAAAUGGCCCAGAUAGAGCCUCCUCAUCAUGAACUCAAUCCCAUGAGGGUCCUGCUGAAAAUAGCCAAAUCUGAUCCUCCCACUCUUAACUAUCCCUCAAAGUGGUGAGAAGACUUUUUUUUUUUUCACUUGUGGGUCUGUGAGAGGGAGUCUGUCUCUUGGUCGGUCUCUGUUUAUUUACCCAAACAACUGUGGGUCACCUUUGUCUAGAUCAAGAUAAUAACAAGGACUAACUUCUUCUGUACAAACCCCCACUUGUCCAUGUGCUUACUGAAUAACCUUUGUUGUUGUUGUUGAAUAACCUUAGGCAAGACCAAUUUUUCAACCUACCCUAUUUCCAUGAAGCUCUUUCAUGAGGAUGGGGGAGAUAACCCAAUGUAUGCCACUCUGAGCUCUUCAGAGGAAGGGUGCCAUACAAACUUAGCAUAUAAUAGCACCAGGCUUCCCCAACCUGGUGCCUCCUUGAUGUUUUGGGUUGCAUCCUGAGAGCCACCACUGGUCAGAGUCAGCCAUGGGUGUGAAACUGGAUCUGGCCCAAUUCCCACCCCUUACAGGCCAACUUUCAGUUCUCUACACACAUCUGGCCUAUACAUCUUUGCCCUUUCACUCCUUUAGAGUAUUUUCUGUGCAUUCUCCAAAUGUAUAGAUGCUGCAUUGGAGUAAAUACCUAGCCAGACCUUCUGGUUGUUAAAGGGAGGAGUGAACAGCCCUGAAGCUUUUUCUCCCUAUGCUCCGCAGUCCAAAUCAUACAGGAUCACAUUCAAUGAAAAUCACUGGGUGUUAGCUUCCAUGGAUAAACUUGCUUGUGACACAGUUUCUGCAGUCGUGUGUAGAAACUGCCAACAAGUUCUUUGUCCUGGCUUUACAUAGAAGACAACAUUGGAUGGGAAAGCGGGGGGGGGGGGCAGGAUGAUGUUAUUAUCGCUUGCCUGACAGAAGGCUUUGUAUUAACACGAGCUCAAGCGUACAAUUGUCCUCAUGUGAGCUUGCUAACAUUUGAGCUUUUUGGCAUGAAUUGAGAAAUAGAGUGACAGCAUGUAACUUGCUUCUGAACAGCUGUUGCUCCGGAGCUUUAAAGGGAAGUGCUAAAUCUGUAAUUAACCAGGCAACAUUUCUGCGUAUUCAGAAAAUGUUAUUUUUUAAAAUAUGUUUGUGCUGCUUUGUCUCAAUAGCUCUUCCUUUCAACCCAUUAGGGCUAACUGAACAAUAAUUUGUCGUGAUAAUACUGGGAAUAUAAUUGGUGUGGGCUGUGGGGUGCUUGGAACCGUUUCCUCCCUUCUGAAGUUCUAGCCAACUCUUGUUUGUUUCUUUGUGCAUAAAGGUCUCCAGAAUUUAAUGACUUCCUGAAGACUGCGCUUGAUAAGAACCCCGAGACACGUCCGACUGCGGCACAAUUGCUGGAGGUAAGUGCAGGAUCCCCAGUCAAUAAAUGCAUAAAAUACAUACAUACAUGAGCAACUGCUUGCAGGUUGGUAGCCCAUGUAGUACAAACUUGUUUUUGGUGUGCUGAUGCAUAGAAAAGUUGAGCCUGUCUGCUGUAAUUGUGGCUCCUAACUGGACACAAACUAUACCACUGUUAGGAGGUAUAGCAAUGCAAAUUUGACUGCCAGUGCUGACUGCCCAGCCUCCCCAUACUUUUACUGGGCCUUCCAGUUGCUUCCACCUACCCACCCUCUUACUUGGCUCCAGUGUAAAAAAGGUGACUGUAAUUUUCUAGCAGCACUCAUACAGCAGCCACCAUUCCUAGAUACUUCUUUAUUUUGGAAAAUUCUCCUUGGCUACUUUAGAACCAUGCAUAGCAUUUGUGUGUAUUUUUUCAGUUUCUGUCCAAAUGGUUAUGCUUUACUAUGAGCCUUUGGGUAAAAAGGAAAAGUUGUCUAAUCGAUAGAUGGAGGAGAGGGAGUCUGCAUCUAAUGUGGCUUGUUGGAAGAGUUCUGAGUGUAUUGACUCUAUGAAACAGAGAGGAAAUUGGCAGUACUGUAUUGUCAACCAGGGGACGAUUUCUUAAUGAAGUUUGGUGCCAGUUCGCAUGCUUACUUGGUUGGAUGACCCUCUUUCUGUGGUGCUAGGAAGUAGAUGUGCGCACACACCUCUGCACUAUGCAUGUAAUGGCACAAGUGACUUGUCCGCUGCACAUGGAGGUCCAAAUCUGGAGAUUAUUCCUCUCCAGGAGGAAGAACAGAAAGCAUGAGUGGGAAUUGGGGCUGCACAUGGAGCACAUGUGUCAUACAUUAAUAGUGCAGCCCUAUGAAUGUCUCCUCUGAAAUGAGCCUUGUGGAGUUCAGUGGUGCUUCCUCCCAGGUUAGUGUUAAGGACUAUGCAGCCUCAAUAGCCUGCGAUGUGCCUUUUCCUCUGUGAACGAGGGUAAAUGUGCCAACAGACUUUGAGUCUAUUCUGCUUAGUUUGUAUACAGGGUUUUUACACUGUUGCCAGGUAUGUUUGUACUUAUGCAAGCCAUCUUGGUACAGAGCACAUGGGGCUCUUAAGGACCAGGUCACACGCUCCUUUCAGCUGCUUGAGUUGCUCAUGGGAACACUGUUCUUGUGUAAGCAUUGUAAUCGGGUCUGGGGGAUUAUGGCUAUCAAGCUGUAACAACUUCCAUGUUCAAGAACAUUAAUAUCGAAGGCCCCAUCUGCACAGCCCAUUUAGAGCAGUAUCAUGCCACUUUAAGCAGUCAUGCUUUCCCAAAGGAUCCUGGGAAGUGAAGUUUGUUAAGGGUGCUGAGAGUUGUUAGGAGAGCACUACUCACCUCACAGAGUUCCCUGGGAAGAUGGAUUGUUGUUUAACUACUCUCUGAAUUGCAGCUCUGAGAUGGGAACAGGGAUCUCUUAACAAUUCUCAGGACUCUUAACCAACUGCAGUUCCCACGGUUCUUUGGGAGAUGCUAUGACUGUUCAAAGUGUCACAGUACAGCUUUCAGUCAAAUCAAUCAGUUUAUUUGUUUGCUGCCUUUCCAAAGUUAACACCAUGCUCAAGGCAGCUUACAACAUAUUUUUAAAAAAUUGCAUAGCUACAAACAUAACAGAAGUAGUCAUAAACAACAAACAAAACAACAAAAGUGCACAACCAAACUGAACAAUUUCCACAUAGAUCGUAAGAUUCAAAAUAAAGAUACAAAAAAAUUAACAGCAACAGCCCCCCGCAAAAAAACCCACCCUAUACAAAUACCCCAGGCCAAGAUUCUGUUCACCAGCCUCAGCUUUUGUAGCUGGAGUCAGUCAGGGUCUCGCCCUCCCAGGUCAUGUGGGAAAAGACCUGCAAGGCUGGGAGGGAGCAGGUCUUCCAGGACUUAGAGCCAAUAUGUAUAGUGCAAAUGGGAGCCAAUUGCUGCCCCAUGGAUUGGAUGUGACCCAUGAGGAUUUUUGUCUGCCUCACUGCAAUCCUGCUCAGUUUUAAUCAAGGUGUUUUGAAACUCUUCCCCCAUAGUUUCACCUGCAAGAGAAAAAGAGAGAAUUGUUCCCCGCAGUUGUGAGAGACAAGUAUUCUACAUCUUUGCAUUUUUUUCUACUUGGGUAGUUGUUUUCUCCAACUAUCUUAACCACAACUGUGCCACAAACUUAGCUGAGCCCUCACAACACAUGCAGGGGUCGAAUUGCAUUACAAAAUGCCCUUCUGGUCCCUGUAUUGCUUUCUGGAGAGACUGUUUUGCUCCCAAGAAUACAGAGAUUUCCUGCCUGUGAUCUAGCAUGUCCAUUUCAAAGCUAGAGAGGAUGCAGACUGCCCAUAGCACUUGUAUGAGAGAUUACAUUGCUUAUGAGUCUACUUGCAUGAAUGAAUUUGGGCAGGGGUGGGGGGAGCAGCUGAAAGUGGCCCCUGAAGUCCACUUUGAGUCAUCAUGACUUGGGUUGCAGGAUUGUUCAUUCCAAUACGGUCACACGUUCUUGGUUUUCAGCAUCCUUUUGUCAGCAAGGUCACUACUAACAGAGCCCUACGUGAGCUUGUGGCUGAGGCAAAGGCUGAAGUGAUGGAGGAAAUUGAAGACAAUAGAGAGGAAGGAGAAGAGGAUGACUCACCAGAAUGUGCAUCUGUAAGUUUCAUUCUUUCUGUUGUCUUUCAUUCUUUCUAUCUAUCCUGCUGCAUGAAGGAAACGCUUCUUUUUAAGAAGGAAGGCAAACCCCAACACCUGCGGGAAUACACAAAAUGCUUAUAUUUUUCAAAAAGCUUUCACAAUGAAAGCUAGCUAGAUACAGAAAAGUAAACUGAGGACCACCUUUGACCCCUGCAUUGACUGUGUUUUGCUCAGGGGUGGGGGCAAGGAGCCACUUUGUUGUUUCUCAUGCAGGUGGACAGGAAAAAUGCCUCCUUGGUUGGGGAGCGAUUCCUCUUCACGCAGCAGCCAACAAGCCCUGGAAACAAUGUGAUGGGCAGAAAGCCAGUCCCUUCGCUUUCCUCUCGUGAGAGAAGUCUCCUAAGUUAAUGCUGAAUGUGUCUCUUCAUGUGUAACCCUCACUAUAUGGCUAAAACGGCCACAUGGGAAGAUGUUGUCUGCUGCCUCCUUUGCCGCAAGGAUAAUGUCCCUGUGCCAUUUGGGACUAAAAAUGUGUUCUACGCCCUGGAUCCUGCUGACUGGUAUUGGGCUUGGCUCGUGCAGAUAGGAGGCUAUAGGAGAAGUUGUGUGUGUGUGUGUGUGUGUGUGUGUUCGUUCAUUCGUUCAUUCAUUCAUGGAAGCAGUUCAGAAACAACUGGCAAGAUUAAAUAUGUUGUUGAUGGCUGAUGCCAGGGUUCCAAUCUAAAAGAGGUCUGUUCUGACCCAGGGCAAGGGAUGCGGGGGACAUGUUCCUUAUCCUACAUGGAACUUUUCUGUGGAGAAAAUGAUGAAACUGCUUCAGGCACAACGCCGUUCCCUGGAGCCUGACAAACCAGACUUUGGAGUUUUUGCAGACUUCCUUCGAUUGUCUAGGACUUGGACAGAAAAUAGACAAAGUUUCAAGGGGGUAGUUGAAAUCGCCAAGAGAGGUGCGUUUUCAACAUUCAUGAAAACAAACCGAAAACUCUUCUCAUGGAAGCUCUAGUUGUCGGAGCAGAGUCACUGCUCUGUGUCCUACACCUGCACCCCAACCCAUUGUUCCCUUAAACUCAAGCACCUGGUGCCAGUCCUGAGAAAGAAGUUAAGGAGUGCUUCCUCUCUGACUGAAGCUUCAAUUAGGAAAUGCAAGCCUGGCUCCUCAAGGGAGGUGGGGGCGUUGAGGACGAGUGGCUGUGUGUUUCCUUCUCCCUCCCAACUCUGGAAGUACCUUUAGAAGUGGGAAGAGCAACACAACUGCUGUCCCUGAGGGGGUCCUCAUCUGUGGAGGCUCAGUGUCAGGAAUUGCAGGCAGGUCUUCUUCACUCCUCCUUCCACUCAACCCCCAAGAUGUAAGGGGGAGAGUAGAGUCUUCAAUUGUUGCUUAAAGAGCUCCCAGAGAAUCCAGUGGGACAGAGUUUCCUAAGAGACGACACCCAUGACAAAUUUUUAGAGCUUGUUGGUGGUACUUGUUUUUUCUGCCAGUUUUAUUCAUGUGUUUUUAUCUUCUAGCUUUUUAAUUAUGUAAACUGCUCUGCAACCAGUUACGCUCUGGUGAAGGAUAGCAUAUAAUAUAUUUUUUAAAUCAAUUAUUUAAAUAAAACUAAAAGUAGAAGACAGAAGACCUGCUAGUUCAAGGUUUCAAUGGUCUCCUUACACUACAAAUAUUCAGAGGCAGAGGACAUUUUAGUCUUGUUUCUUUAAAAAAAACCAACACAACCCCAGUGCAUUUCUCAAUGCAUAUGUUCGGUAUUUGACUUCUCAGUUAAGUUUUUUAAGGAGAACGAAGUCAAAAUUUAUGACCCUUCUUUUUCCCUUUUCUUUACUCAGCCCCUUGAUGCGAAUAAGAGGGACUCUUCUGUGCCAAGCCAGCUAAGUUUGCAAAAAGAGAAGUCUCCAGAAAACGGCUUGUCACUUGUGGCCAAUGGACCCGUGUUGCCUCUACAGCAAGUCACUGAAGCCAUAAAUGGGAAGGGCAACAAGGUUUCAAAGGAAGUGGCUAGCGACGAAAAGCCAGGCAAAAACAACAGCAGUACAAACUUGUCUGGAAUUGAGGAUUACACAGAUGAAGCCAGUGCCAAAGAAAAGCCAGACGCCAGCCCCCAGUUGCUGCAACUCAACAAGAACGUUAAGCCAGCCGAGAACAGCAGUCUUGUCUACCAAAAUAAGGACACUGAACCAGUAAGCAAAGAUGAUUCCAGUGUGGGAAGCCGGCCAGAGAGCAGCCUCCUUGAGACGCCAGUUGAAGAGAAGCUCCCCAAUGGGAGUUUGAGUUCUUCCUCUCAGUUUGAGGAUGGCAGCUCCAAGCAGGACUCUGAUUCAGGUAGCACCUCUGCCUCAGAGAGCAUGGACCUCAGUAUCUCCUUGUCUACCGACCUGUCCCUGAACAGAGGCAGCGGGUCCCUCUCUCUUAAGGUAAGAAUUUGGGCUCAACAAGUGGGAUUUGUGUAUCAUGGAAACCAGGCUUCACUCAGCAAACCUUUGAGCAAGAUGUCUCUCUAACUCAUUCUCCAACGAACUGAUUCUAUCAAGGGGUCAGGACACAAAAUUUACUCCUACAUGAGAUAGUUGAUUCUUAAAGUCUCUCCUGAGUUAUCUUCCUUGAAGAGUCUGAUAAAACCAUUAUUGGGCAGGUGGUGAUAAAUCUGAAUGUUGUAAUAUAUCCUAGACCCCCUGUGAUUGUUAGUUCCCAACUUUAGUCACCUUUGUUCUUGUUAGGCUGUUACAUAUAUAUAUAUAUAUAUAUAUAUAUAUGUAAUUUUCUUUUAAUGGUUGGUUCACCAUAAUAAACAUUUGAUUGAUUACAUAGGAUGCAAAAAUGCAGAAGAUGACACUGAAACGGACCAGGAGAUUUGUUGUGGAUGGAGUAGAAGUGAGCGUCACUACCUCAAAAAUCAUCAGUGAGGAUGAGAAGAAAGAUGAAGAGAUGAGAUUCCUCAGGCAAGCUGAAAAUUAGGGGAUUUUUGGGUGGGGUGGAGAUAUGGGCACACCAGGCUUUCUCAGAAUAUAGUUUUCUCUAUGCUUUUCACUUUCUCCAUAGAGUUGUAUGAAGUGGUAUGGAACCAGGGGACUCAUCACACAAUAUAUUUUGGGCAGUUAAAAAUAUAACAUGAAUGCUGCAGAACUGUAAAAACAUGAUCUCCUUAUGAGUAACAGGGAGUUAUGGCCAUUUCCAGAGCCUAUCUGACUGCACAAAUUAAGGUUGUUGCUAUAUGGUGUAUAUAGCAGCUUGUUAGGAGUGUUUGUAAAGCCAGACCUGUUUUUGUUCUGUUGCUUGUAAGUGCCACUUCUGGUGGUUCUCCUGCUUAGUGAAGUGACUGUCUUCAAAUUCAUAGGUUUCCUCUCUGACAUGGCAAAUGGUGGACAUGAGCAGUCAAGGUGCUUCUCAAGGAUGGUGUGGACCAAAAACCUGGCAGCAGCACUGCCAUAUAGCCUGGUGCCAGAAAGUGAACAGCCUUUAAACUGCUCUGGUCUGUGGUCCAGAGCCCACAACAUAGUUGUUUUUUGGCAUAAAAUCAAUAUAAAUACUGACCUAUGAGUUUAGGACUCUUUCUCUUUCUUUCUUUCUUUCUUUCUUUCUUUCUUUCUUUCUUUCUUUCUUCCUCCCUCCCUCCCUCCCUCCCUCCCUCCCUCCCUCUCUUCUUCUCUUCCCAUCCCCUUUCCUGAACUAGGGGAUCAAUAGGGACUUCACUGUAGACAUACAGCAGUUUCUGAUGAGUGUCUAACAGCAAAUUCAAGUACUUAUCUUCACAGAGCUGCAAAAGCAUACUUUUCAAAAGCCUUACCUUGUUGAUAGGUCUACAACCUAAACAAAAUCUGACAGGUGACACCAACUUUCUAAUCCUCGACUUAAAAAUAAUCAGGGGAGACCCAAAACCAAAGCUUGUAGCAUUUGUCUGAGCCCACUGGGCUUCAGUUAGUGAGGCAUGCUUCCUCAUAGUUCAUUGUGGGGUCAUAUUGUACGUCUAUUUAUUCAAAGUGUCUGUACAAGGAAGGUGAAUAAUUCAAGGCCAGCGGACAGGGAAGCAGCCCCUUCUCAAUAUCCUGCCUGAAAGGGACAAGUGGUGAGAAGUGUGGCUGUGACACAAGGAGGCAGCAACUCCUUGAAGCAAUGUUUCUGACACUAGGAACACUCAGUCAGUCACCCCUGUGGUUAUUUUAGUAUGGAUUGUGCUCCUUGUCUCCCCCUCCCUUUUUUAGCUUCCAGAGACUAUGCUCUGGCAUUACAGGGAGAGCUGGUCCUCCGUUCCUGAACUUCUUCUCCACUUUAAUCCUACAGGCGCCAGGAGUUGCGGGAGCUGCGUCUGCUUCAGAAAGAGGAGCACCGGAACCAGACCCAGCUGACCAGCAAGCAUCACCUGCAGUUGGAGCAAAUGCUGAAGCGCUUUGAGCAGGAAAUGCACGUACGUGGCAAAGAGAAGCCAAAUUCCUCUUCCCUCCCUUUUAUUCAAAGAUAUUGGGAAGCAGUGGGGAGAGGGGAAACACACCACUCACAAGGCGUAUAUUGUAUAGCCUAUUAGCCAGACUAGGCAGGACGCUAGCCACUAGGAAUGAAACUGGAGGCAUGUUGAUGGAAUCAUUAGCUUUUCCCUCCAUAUGCUGGGGCUAUGUGGCAAGGGGAAGGGCCAUUGUAAAUGGACAUUUCCAUCUGGUCUGGCAUUGGUUCUGCUCUUGUGGCACAAGGCCAUUUCUUUGCAGCAGUUCAACAAAAAAAGUGGUCACCUUGGAUGCUGGAGAGGUCUGCUGCAGUGGCCCAGCUUUUGAGGAGUCAAAAAGAAAUGUUGUGGAAACAAAACAAUAGGCCUUAAAACCCUAUGUGAAUCUUUCUCAGUUUCAAAUAUAUUCCGCUGCCCCCUUUUUUAAAUAAAAGUGACAUUUUCUUCAGGCUAUUCCCCUCCCCCCAAUAAAUACAUGUGUACUUUUACAUAUUCUGGAGCCUUUCAGCAGAACUUGUUGAUGUGAUGUUCUUUCUCUUUCUGUCAGUUCAGUGUUGAUUUUAAAUCUGGCCAAGAAGAAAAGUAACAUCUCAGAAGCCAUGUUAUGGCAUUCCUGCAAAGAAUAGCUUAGCAUAGGUUGGAUGCUUCAAAGUCCGUGUUUCUUCCUGUGUGUUAAACCUGACAGGAUAAGGAGACAAUGCAAGAUUGUCAUAUUUUUAAUUGAGGAACAGUUUCAGCUUGUUCCUGUAUGCCUUCAAAUUUUACAGAAAUCUUGUGGAAUCAAAAAUAACGAGGCACUUGCUGAAACUGCAAUGCAACACAUUCACAGCUAUUGUGGCACUCCCCAUAUACGUAUCCUCAUGUUGUUGAUUAGUCAUUUAGUCGUGUCCGACCCUUCGUGACCCCAUGGACCAGAGUACGCCAGGCACUUCUGUCUUCCACUGCCUCCUGCAGUUUGGUCAAACUCAUGCUGGUAGCUUCGCGAACACUAUCCAACCAUCUCGUCCUCUGUUGUCCCCUUCUCCUUGUGCCCUCCAUCUUUCCCAACAUCAGGGUCUUUUCCAGGGAGUCUUCUCAUGAGGUGGCCAAAGUAUUGGAGCCUCAGCUUCAGGAUCUGUCCUUCCAUUGAGCACUCCGGGCUGAUUUCCUUAAGAAUGGAUAGGUUUGAUCUUCUUGCAGUCCAUGGGACUCUCAAGAGUCUCCUCCAGCACCAUAAUUCAAAAGCAUCAAUUCUUCAGUGAUCAGCCUUCUUUAUAGUCCAGCUUUCACUUCCAUACAUCACUACUGGGAAAACCAUAGCCUUUACUAUACAGACCUGUGUUGGCAAGGUGAUGUCUCUACUUUUUAAGAUGCUGACGUAUCCUCAUAUGCCUAACAAUUUCCCAAACUCUCUCAUGCAGGUAUUCCACAUUUUCAUUUCUGCUUAAAAGCGAGGGCACAUAUUUGGGGGCUGGAGUCCCCAGUUUUCUGCAGCAUGUGUGCUUGUUCCAUACUUUAAGUAUUGCUAAAGCCAACUCCUCCUGCCUUUCCCUUCCUAGCCCCACGGCAUACAGUUAAAAGAAUGGCAAAGGGUGUACAAUGGGGGUUGCAAAAGGUUAUUAGGCCUUCAAGGAUCUGUGCCAGUAGAUUGACUGACCUUAGGAGACCACAGGUGAACUUUUUACAGGGCUGAGCUGGGCCCCUGACAAAAUCCCCCACACAAGGUGUCUCUAGCAGUGUCAUGUACAGUGCUCCGUUUAAGGGAACGUCAGACAGUGGCCCCUGUCAAAUCCCAGAAAGACCCUGCUAGUCAAUGUAACCAAUACUGAGCUAGAGUGACAAGUGGUGUGACUUGGUUCCUUCCCAGCCUUCCUUUAAAGUGGAGUUCAGUACGUCAGUAGCUCUGUCUGCAGCAGUUAAAUGUGUGACCCACACAAUGCAUUUUCAUUAGGACUCUGCUGUACUUAAGCCUCAGUAUGUUUGGAAAAUGUUUCCAUUUCUCACCCUUAUGUAAGUUAAGAUCUCUCUUGGGAAGAAGGCUUUCUGAAGGUGUGAAUGGUUUUGGAGGAAGUGCAAUAGCUACACAGGCACUGUGGUAUGGAAAGUGGGGCGGGGGUGGGGAAGUAUUCUGUGAACCAGAGGGAGUAAUGCAGAGUUUGCACAUGCAGACUGUUCCAUUAUUGGGUGUUCCUUCAGCCACCCUCUCACUGAGUUGGUUUAGCCCAAAUAUUAUUGUAAAACUCUGCCGAAAUCCUGCGCGCUGGUUUCAGUCCUGUUGCUGGUAGAUAUUUCUCCUUCCGUGAGGAAAAGGCGGGCGAGCAUUCUUUCCUGUUCUGCUUCAGCCACAGCCUGUAAGCAGAUGCAGCCAUCUCAUCUGCUUGCUCCAGCUCAUGCCUCCAGGCAUCUCUGCUGCUAAAUGUGUCAGAAGGCAGUGCUGCUCAGGAGAUCCAGGUGUGUGGCAGGAGAGAACAUUGUCACACACACAUCUAGCUCCUAGUCUGCUCCCUGCCGUAUAUAUGUGAGGGAACUAGAAGGCUACUGCAGCUUGUUUACUAUUCUCUUCCAUUUCUGUGUCACUCUGCUAGUCAGAGGUAGCUUACACAGAGUAUUUUAUAUAUAAUAUAAUACUAAUUAUAUAUAAUAUAAUAUAUUAUAUUAUAUAUUAUAUUAUAAUAUAAUAUAUAUAAUAAUAUAUAUAUUAUAAUAUAUAAUAUUAUAUAUAAUAUAAUACUCCAAAAUACUAACGUAGUCAAAUCUCUCAACUAAGUCUGAAUGUCCUCUUUGGUCUCGUAUAGACAAAGAAGAAAUUCUAUGACACUGAACUGGAAAAUCUGGAACGUCAGCAGAAGCAGCAAAUUGAAAAGAUGGAGCAGGACCACACGCUGCGCCGCCGUGAAGAGUCCAAGCGUAUCCGUGCUGAGCAGGAACGAGAUCUUGUUAAAUUUCAGGAGCAGCUGAAGCAAAGGAAGAAGGAGGUGAGAGUCGACGUUGGGCCAAAAUCUUGCACAGGGAAAUCUUAGAUUUAGUUGUUGGCACUGGCCUAUCUGAAAGCCCUCUCAGUCCUCCUGCUGUCAUUGGCUGAGGUGCUCUCGUGUCACAGACAAGCUGGGCAAGGGAAGGGAAGCUGAGGGCAGAGCGCCAAGAUUGAGGGGUGCUGAAGAAAGGGAGGAGAGUGAACAGCGAACAGCAAAACAGAAGCUAUGCAAAUGCACACAGACAGACACCUGCCCAUCCAUUGUCACAGCUCAGGGGCACAUUCCAAUCAGGCAAAAGCACUUGAGGAGGUGGGUAGGGGUGCAGCCAGGGCAGGGAGCGUGACCUAGAGAUUCCUGAGGGCCAGGUAGAGGCCAAAGGGUCACAUUCUGUCCCUGGGCCCUGAGGGUUCCCUACCCUUUUUCUAAAUUCACUUGUAUGUAACUAUGCUGCCAGGGAAGAACAUAAAAGUAAGAACCACCACCACCCAGAAACAAGAGACUUAAGAAACACUAACAGAAAAAUAGGUGAGGGUGAAAUGAAAGCAAAUCAAAGUGAUAGCAUAAUGUCAGCAUAAAACUGGAGAAUUGAAAGCCAAACCAUCAGGUGACACGACCAACGUGAUAAAUCACUUUUGCUCAGACUUGUUAGGAAAUUGGACCAGUAAGAACUUUUGUUGGUGUCUUUCGUUUCAAGCUCAAGAGUGACAUUGAGAAGCUUCCACGACAACAGCGCAAGGGGACCAUGAAAACAAAGAUGGAGGAGUUUGCACAGAGAAAGCAAGUCAUGGUAAGCUCUAGAGAUAUUAAGUCCGUGGUGUGGCCAAGACCCAUAUGGACACAUUUGAUUCCCUGCUUCCCAGUUAUCAUGAGUAAGGCAGGAUGAGGAAGCAGAAUCAUGACACCCAUCCUGCUCUCACUCAUAAGAAAAGUUUUAGGCAUCAUACCAAUAAGAGCAUCUCUUUUGCUAAUGUCUCCUUUCUUCCAGGAGCAAGAGUUUGAAGCCAAACAGGCUGAGGAUCUGGAACAGGCCAUGAAGAAUAUCACCACCCAAAAUCGGAAGGAGAUCUGUGACAAGGAGCGAGAGUGCCUCAACAAAAAACAACAGCUUAUGAGAGGUGAGUGGGUGUUGUCCCCCCCCCCAAAAAAAGUGGGGAAGAGAUUUCUCUAACUUGGUGCCCUCCACAUGUUGAUGGACUACAGCGCCCAUUAGUCAGGCAUGCUGGGGCUGAUGGGGAUGGGAUUCAAAACAUCUGCAAGACACCAGGCAACUCCCCACCAAAGGAUAAAAUGACAGCAAAUUAAAUCAGAGGACACCAAGCUCUCUAGAUGAAGCAGAAAUACGCUUGAAAAUUGGCCCCAGAAGCCCCCGGCCACUGGGAAGUGGAGCGGAUUUCCGAGCCAGACUGGAGACUGGUUUUUUAAUUUUUAUUUGGUGUGCGUUGGAAGAGGGGUAGUUUUAUACGGCGAGUAUAUCCCAAACUCUAUAUUUUAAUUGGAAAAGUUGGGGGGUCGUCUUAUACGCCCAGUCGUCUUAUACACCAGAAAAUACGGUAUUUGGUUAGGCUGAGGUGGUGGUUGUGCUUGGAAAGGGGAGCGGAGAAAUGAGUGGAUUCUCCAGUGGAGGAUGGUCCAUCAGCCAGCCUCCACUUUCUUGCCUUUUCGCUGGCAACCAGUCCAGGAAGUGGCAUUGCCAGUCAUCUUCCUCCUCCUCCUCCUCAAUCUCAGUGUUGCCAUUGUAGAAUUUGGCAGGGAGAAGGAUGGGGAUACAACUAGAAUUGCUUGGCCUGUCUUUGGCUCUGGCUCCAUUUGCUGUGGGUCUUGCUGUCUUCUGCCCUACUGCUCCCCAUGGGCACCAGCCACCAUUGGGAAGUCCCUUUAUCUUCUGGAAUUGUAUGUGAUUGAUAACUUCUUUGCCUAUCCCCUCCCCCCCCCCCCCCGCGGUAAAGUGUGUAAUGACUAUAUGCCAUUUUAUACCUUUUUCUCAGAUCGGGAAGCUACCAUCUGGGAUCUGGAAGAGCACCACCUGCAGGAGAAACACCAGCUUAUUAAGCAACAGCUGAAAGACCAGUAUUUCCUCCAGAGGCAUGAACUGGUCCGGAAACACGAGAAGGUAGCGGAGUUUCAGUCUGAUUUAUUUUCUUUAAUGACUCUAAUGCUUCCUACGGAUGAGCAAGGUGUGGAGUUGCUGUAAAAGAAUUGACCUCAGCAGAUUUACAGAAAAUGGCCUCCCUGUUGCUUGCUUGCAUUGGGUGUGAGUACUGCAUAUAUUUAACCAUAGUCAAUGCAGUCAAACAUAUAAAGUCCAGAGACGGAAUAACUAUGGUCAAUUAUAGGAGUACAGUUUUGUGCUUAUAGAUUCAUAGACUCAUAGAAUUGUAGAGCUGAAUGGAACCCAAAGGAUCAUCUAGAUCAGUAUUUCCCAAGCUUGGGUCUCCAGCUGUUUUCUGACUACAAUUCCCAUAAUCCCUGACCACUGAUCUGGCUAGCUAGAGAUGAUGGGAGUUGUAGUCCAAGAACAGCUGAAGACCCAAGAUUGGAAAACACUGAUGUAGACCAACUCCCAGCAAUGCAGGAAUCGCAGCUGAAAAAUCCCUGACAGAUGACAGUCCAACCUCUGUUUACAAACCUCCAAUGAAGAAGAGUCCACUACUUACUUUAGGCCAGCCUUCACCAUUCUGGUGCCCUCAAAUGUUUUGGGCUACAACUGUCAUCAGCCCAGGCCAGCACAGCCUCUCUCUCUCUCAUGCAAUUGGUUUGUUUGUGUGAGUGAGUGUGCUUCAAUAGGACAAAUGUCAAAAUAUUCUUGCCAUAGUGUCUGUUGCAUUUCCAUCAGCUUUUAUCUGACUGAGCCCCUGGAGUAAGCCAUGGUGAAUCUUCAUAGAAGUGGUUUUGUUUUCCUUAAACUAAACCUGCACUAUCUUUGUCUGUCCCCUUUGUGGUCUGUUGAAUAUUACCCUGAGCAAAUAUCCAAUGUCACCAUUCGCUUUGACUCUAAACUUGCAACAUUUAUUGUAUUGACUUACCCCCCCAACCCUGGGCUGCCGUUGCUAUUCCAGGAGCGUGAGCAAAUGCAACGGUAUAACCAGCGAAUGAUGGAGCAGCUGAAAAUUCGGCAGCAGCAAGAGAAAGGCCGUCUCCCUAAAAUUCAGAGGAGCGAAGGGAAGACCCGCAUGGCCAUGUAUAAGAAGAGCCUCCAUAUCAGCUCCAGUGGAAGCGCCUCAGAACAGAGGGAGAAGAUAAAACAGGUGAAGGAUAGCACUAGAACCCUUGAUGGAGGAUUCGAUUUGUGGCGCUUGCAUUCAUUCAUUCAUUCAUUCAUUCAUUCAUUCAUCCAUCCAUCUAUAGAUGGAUCUCCAAUGAGGUCAAGGUAGCACACACAAUUCCCGCCCCCCACUCAUUAGUUAACCGCCACAACAAACCUGUGAGGUGGGUUAGGCUGAGAGGCAGUAACACUGCAUUUGGAUUCCUGCAAGCGAGGACUGUUAAUCAUAGAAUUGUAGAGUUGGAAGGGAUGACGAGGAUCAUAUAGUCCAACUGCCUGCAAUACAGGAAUCUUUCACCCAAUGUGGAAAGGAGGAUUGUAGACUAUACAUGGAGGGUCCCUUGCUCAACAGCAUGUACUUCCAGAAGCCACUGGUCUAGGCUGCUGACAGAUAUUUGCUCAGUUCCAUCUGAUAUCACUGAUGUUUUAAGCUCCAAUGCUAUAUAAAGCACAAGUUAAUACUGCCAGAAGGUUUCAGACAGUGGGUAGCUCAAGAAACCUUCCUGCAACACCUGUUAAUGGUUUCAUGGAAGGGUGGGAAGGUCAUAGCUAAGCCCCCUGCAUUGCUCUGGCACCUGUGGUGCAACCAAUACAAGGUGCCGUGGAAUCAGAUCAUAUUGUGCUCACACCAACAGAUAUCAAAGGAGUACAUGUAUUUGAGGGUCCUACUCCUAGCGCAGAAGCUGAGAGGGGGCAUUUUCCCCUGAAAAUAAAUUGUUCUCACAUUGGUGACCCUCCAUGUCUUCGUUGUGCAGCAUUCUAGCUCCUGGUAUAUAUAAAAAAAUGUAGGGAGCCAUGUUUAAAAUUCCUGUGAACAUAGCCUGGUGAUUUAAAACCACAGUGAACGAUGGUGAUGUUGGGUUGCUUCCUUCUGUUUCAGUUUGCACAGCAGGAGGAAAAAAGGCAGAAAGCUGAGCGACUGCAGCAGCAGCAGAAACAUGAGAUGCAGACGAAGGAUAUGAGUGCCCAGUGUGAGAGCAACAUGAAUGAACUCCAACAGUUACAGGUAACUUAACACCGGCUCAGCUUUAGGUAUGCUUGGGCGGGGUGUGGCGUGCCACUAAUUUGGUUCAUAGAGAAAAAUCUGCCAUCCAUUCUGAAAAGUUGGUUCAUCCUACCUGACAACAAAACCCUCCCAGAAAUGGAAAAUGUGCUUCAGUAUUUCUUGUUUUUGCUUCUGGCAUGUCGUGACAUUUUGCAUCCUAUCUUUCCAUAAAGAUGGUAUAUAUAUGAAGGCUAUCUCAUUUAAUCCUCACUGCAACCAUGUGAGGUAUGAUAGACAUGGAGAGAGUGAAUUUUCCAGAGCCUCUCAAUGGGGUUUGUGGCUGAGCAGCCUCUAACCAUGACAUUCAUGAGCUCCAAAUUGAGUGGAUGCAAAAGUUUUCUGGAAUGAGCAUAGAAUGAGUUGGGAUUUUGUUGCUUUUGAAGUAAAUCUUGUUCUUUCCUGGUCUUGGAAAGUCAUGUUGGGUUUAUAAAUCAAGUCAGCAGGGAUGCUGGGUUUGAUACUGACCUUUUUGCUCUGCAGAGCUUCCCUCAUUUGUUUUUCUUCUGAUGUUUUAAAUCUGUAUAGAAUGAGAAGUGCCAUCUCUUGGUUGAACAUGAGACCCAGAAACUGAAAGCUCUGGAUGAAAACCACAAUCAGAACUUGAAGGACUGGCGGGAUAAGCUGAGGCCACGAAAAAAGGUGACAGCUAAAGAAAGUUGGAAUAAAACUUCAAACACCAUUAGAGGAGGUUUUUUGGGCGGGGGGAACGAAUCAAAGGUUCAGUAUUGAACUUUUGACUUCCAGAUCAAUUUGCCAAAUCAAAUACUCUGGGGGAAAAUACUUUAUGUUCAUUACUAAAAAUUACUAGCAGUAAUUUUUAUUCCACUCUGUAUUUUUAUUGGAUUUAAAAUUGUUUUUAUAUUUGAAAGUGUUUUAUAUGUUGUUAUUGUCUGAGAUGCUUCCUAAGAAGCUAUUCAGAACUGCAAUGAAAUAAAUAAACAAUUUGGAUUUGGAGGAGCGUUGAAUUAGGACAACCUAUUUCUGAAAUGUUGCAAGUUUAGGGUUUUUGAUUUGGUUCUCUCCCCCUCUAAUUUCAUCUAAUUUUGUUUCAUUUUUGACAACUCAUGUACAUAAGCCAGGGUUGGGGAAUCUCUACCCCAUGGGCCAAACUUGGCCUGCCAGAUCAUUUUUGGGAAGCUGCACUCACCCUCCACCUGACCUCAUACCUGAUGGGUGCAUGGGUGCAUGCCUUGCUUAAGAAGGGGAAAUUGGCUUCCAUUCCAUGGAAACUCUUCCCUUCUAAUGCUGCUCUUUGAACCCCCCCCAAAUUGGAGAUUCAAAGAGUAGCAUGGGGCAGCCCCAAUUUUCAGAGGGUUGAGGAGUAAUGAGGGUUAAGGAAUAAUGAGGGAAAGGGCAUUCGAAUUGCCAUUUGUAAACAGUCCAGUACUGCUCUUUAAACCUCAGAUUUUCAGAGAUGUAAGGAGCAGCAUGGGGAUGUUUGCAAAUGGCUAUUAAACAGGGGCGUCAAAGUGCAGCAUCAUGUGACAUCACUAUGAUGUCUGCCAGGUCUUGGGAGAUUAAGAUCUGGCCCCUCCUGGCCAGAAAGUUUUCCCCAUCCCUGAUGUAAAUUGACAGGAAUCCAGGUGGCUGAGAACAGUGAAGUGAUUACAGCUUGAAGCAUUUCUCCAACUGAGCUCAUUUCUCUUCGCAUUUCAGGCUUUGGAAGAUGAACUGAAUCAGAAGAAGCGAGAGCAAGAAAUGUUCUUCAAACUCAGUGAUGAGACCGAUGGUCAGCCUUCAAGGUCGCCAAACAAGCCUGCCAAAUUUGUCCCAUUCAGUUCUGCAGAGGCUUCAUAA